AUGGCUGCGGAUGUCAAUAUGACCACUACAACCCACGAGGUCGGCCAUUGGUUCGGUUUGAUGCACACUUUUGACGGCGAAUGUUCCGCUGAGGGAGAUACUAUUGAUGACACUGACCCGCAGGAAAAGCCAACAUGGUUUUGUACUUCAAACCCAGCUCGCUAUCCCGAUGGCAGACCCGCCGUUGAAACUUGUGGCGCCUGGAGAGUAAGCAACAUGUAUAAUAUUAUGGAUUACUCAGACUGCGGGUCAACAUUUACUGCCGGCCAGAAGGAUCGCAUGAAAUAUUGGGCGAGGUAUCGUCAAAUACUUGGAGCUCGUUCUCCAUCUCGUGACCCAGUUAGUGAGCCGGUUGGUGAGCCGGUUGGUGAGCCUGUUGGUGAGCCUGUUGGUAAGCCUGUUGAUGAGCCUGUUGAUGAGCCUGUCCGUGAUCCAUCUCGUCCGCCAACGCUAGCUCCAGCUCCAGACCAAGGUUCUAAUGUGGCUAAACUUUGGGGACAAUGCGGCGGCGUAUACUGGAAUGGCCCAACCUCUUGCGCUGAGGGUCUCUACUGUAGGCGACAAGAUGCUUGGUACUCUCAAUGCUUACGCGCACCUUGA